UAAUAUGGGCUAAAAACCUCAGUUUUAGUUUUUAAUCCCCAUCUCCAAAAAUUAUGUUAUAUUUCCAAAUUGAAUGUACCACUUCAGCUGAAGCUGUUGCCACAAAAGCAAAAGCAAAACAUCUUGCAGGACGAUUCUGAAAACGGUCAGAUUCAAAAAAAGUGAUAAGGCAACAUCCAGUCAUUGUGAAAGUACACACUUCUCACCAGACAGCUGGAUUUUUGCCACUCUGGAAAUUUGGCAGACCAGCCCUCGGGCAGGUUAUUUUACUAUAAAAGACAAGCAUCCUUUAAGUUGUUUCUUCACACCAGACACUGACUGAGUGCAAACAAUGCUGCGCAAGGGUAUUACAGAGAGCUUUGGAGCAGGAAUCCAUGCAUUAAGGUCCUCUCAGCUGACAGAUGUGGUGAUAAACAGGAGCAAAAGGAUGAUGUUGGACACCCUGGGUGUAGGACUGCUAGGAACCAGGACAGAUGUCUUCCAAAAGGCUCUUAGGUACAGCCAGCUCUUCACAUCUGAAUACAGGAGCAGUAUUUGGGGAAGAUCAGAGAUAACUCUGCCUCCUUAUUAUGCUGCUUUUGUCAACGGCAUCGCAGUUCACUCCAUGGACUUUGACGACACUUGGCAUCCAGCUACUCACCCCUCUGGAGCCGUUCUGCCUGCUCUGCUGGCGCUGGCGGAGACGCUGCCCAGCAGGCCUUCUGGUCUAGACCUGCUGUUGGCGUUUAAUGUUGGCAUCGAGGUGCAAGGGCGGCUGAUGAGAUUCUCCAAGGAGGCCUACAACAUCCCUGAAAGGUUUCAUCCCCCCAGUGUUGUUGGAGUUAUGGGAAGCGCCGCAGCCUCAGCCAAACUCCUCGGCCUGUCUCCUUCUCAGUGCAGUCAUGCGCUGGCGAUUGCAGCCUCCUCUGCUGGGGCACCUUUAGCCAACGCCGCCACUCAAACCAAACCUCUCCACAUAGGGAAUGCUGCUCGAAGAGGCUUAGAAGCUGCCCAGCUGGCAGCGAUGGGACUGGAAGGAAACCAGGCCAUACUGGACAUGAAUAGAGGUCUGGGAGUUUACUACAAUGACUACAGCCCUUCAGCAAUGCCAGACUGUGCUACUAAUGCCUUUAAGUGGAUUUUAGAAGAUCAGGAUGUGGCGUUCAAGCGCAUCCCUGCUCAUCUGGCCAUGCACUGGCUGGUGGAUGCUGCUCUGUCUGCCCGUGCAAAGCUCCAAGAGACAAUCUUUGACCUCAGCCAGAUCCAACGAGUCACCCUCAGAGUUCCUCCAUCCAAAUACAUCAACUGCCCCUUACCCACCACAGAGCAUCAAGCCAGGCACUCGUUUCAGUUCAACGCCUGCUCAGCCCUGAUGGACAACAGAGUGACGGUAGCGUCCUUCGACCAAGAUCAAAUCAACAGGCCUGCUUUGAAGGAGCUGCUGUCUAAAGUCGAGAUUGAGACGCCUGCAGAUAACCAACCGAGCUUCGACAACAUGUACUGUGAGGUCCAGAUAGAAACAGCUCAGGGGGAAAGCUGCACAGCCAGGUGUAAUACCUUUUAUGGACACUGGAGGAAGCCACUGAGUCAGGAAGACCUGGUGGAGAAGUUCAGCUUGAAUGCAUCUUCGGUGUUGAGUGCAGAGGGAGUGGAAGGAGUGAUUGAUGUGGUUGGGAACAUUGAGAAGGUUUCAGAGUGCUCAGUGUUAGGCUCGUAUCUGAGAAUGAACAGCAAUGCUCAUCAGCAGGUGUACGGCAUGAGAACAAUCUGACUGGGGACAAUUUCAUACAGUGUGUCUGGGUGGAAAAUUAAAUUACAAACAAUGUAAAUAUUUAUAU